CACUAUCUGUCCACUUCCCCCUCGUCCUUUCCACUUCUCCAUGAGCCGUUGUUUCCUCUUUGCCGACUUCCGCUGCCCAGGCCUCGCUGCCCACUCGGAUCCCGGGUCCACCGCGGACCCAGCCGAGCUCAGGGCUCUCGAGGGACGAGGCGUCACCUGUGGGGCCCGCCUGGGCAGCGGGUCACAUGGCCCUUCCCGCGGGGCCGUCCCCUACCCGGGGUGCCAGCUCGUGCCCAGCCGUCCUCCCGGCGCUGGCCCUUCCGGGAGCCGCCCGGCCCGGGUGCAGGAAGAAGCAGGGGUGGGGGGGGCUGGGAGGCGUGACAGGAAGGGGGAGCUCUGUGGUCAGGGAGCCCGAGAGGGAGCCGGCAGCUGCUCCGAGCCACCACCGCUGUCUGUUCGCGGCCUGGCCCGGCCCUGCCCAAGAUGCAUCCCGCUGGCCUCCUGCUCCUACUCCUGCUGGUGGACAGGGCAGAGGCCCUGGCUGAACCCCAGCUCUGCUACAUCCUGGAUGGCAUCCUCUUCCUCUACGGCCUGGUCCUCACCCUGCUCUACUGCCGGCUCAAGAUCCAGGUGCGGAAAGCGGCAGCCCCGACCAGCUCCUUCGAGAAAUCCGAAGGCAUUUACACGGGCCUGAACACGCAGAACCAGGAGACUUACGAGACCCUGAAGCAUGAGAAGCCCUCCCAGUGACCCCCGGAUGGCCCCCCGUAAUUCACCGUACCCCCCAUUCAUUAACCCUGGCUCUUGAACCCACUCCCCGCCCCGUCCCCAGCCCUCCAGCCCGGCAAGGCCACUAAUAAAG